AUGCAGAUAUGGAGCAUCGAGCCACAUCAACGUCAAUCCGACACUUGUGACGCCACGGCCUCGUCGAGUGUCUCCCGACCAAGAUCAAUCUCGAGUGUACCUUCCGAUGCGACGGAAGAACUGGGAACCCCUCGAAAAAUCGACUCUCCCGACAGCGAUGACUCCAUGCUCUUAGGACCGGAGAGACUGCUCGCCUACCCCACCGAGCUUCAAACGACCCAAGAUGCUAUGCGCACAGUGCUGGACGUUGAUCAAUUUACUGCAAUCCAUAUGCCAUUUAUGUGGGGAUCAAGUUUCGUCCCCGAGUCCCAAAAGACCGUUUAUGCGAUCUUACAACUUUCUGCGCCGAUUUUAACCGAGGGCUACUUGGCUUUUAUUGGACUUAUGACGAGCUACCAAAGAUCGCUCGUUAUGCGACGAGAUGCCCCCGAUAUGAAGAAAGCUGCCAAAGGCUUGCAGCGAUUACGAAGCGUAAAAAUAACGCAGAUUUAUGAUGCGGCUUGUGCCCUCUUCCUGGGUCAAACCAUGUACGUGUUCAACGUACUCACCGCACACGACUCCUCCACCGCCCACUCUAUCAUCCGAAGCGCUCUGAUGUCAACUAAAUCAUGGUUCUCAACCCUCCUACAAUACCCAAUCAUGGACACAAUCAUCAUGACUCCUCUUUUAGUCGACACAGUGGAAUGUCUGGCGCGUCGCGAGGUUCCUAUAGUCAGACUCCCCGUCACCGAAAGAAUCAUCAUAGAUCGCUAUGCGGGCCUCUGUACCUCCCUUUUGCCCAUUCUAUAUGAUCUCUGUGUAUGCAGUCAUGACUUGAAGAGGGAUGUUACUGACCUCGGAUCUGAUUCAUACCCCGAACACUCUCAACGGCUAGCUGAGAUCGAGGAACAAAUCAUGCAUUGGAAGCCUCGAACAUCACCGCAAAUGUUCGAAGAAUUUGCUCAACAUGAGAUCUUGGCGAUGGUGACACAAGCAAAUGUUUAUCGCCUUGCGGCUCUGCUGGUCAUCCAUCGCCUGCGAUAUCCACUGGGCGUCGAAGAUGGGGCAGGCCGAGACCUUGCAAGUAGUAUUUUCGCCGAAAUGUCGUUUUUUACCAAAUCAGAGACCCAGAAAACCACCGCUUUGCCUAUCGUGUUUCCUUUGACGGUGUCCAUGUUUGAGAUCCAGGGGCCAGGGGAGAUUUUAUUGGAACGAUUGUCAUCAUUUACCGUUCAAAGUACAAGUGCAUUGAGACUUCAGGAAUUUGUCAAGCGAGUGCGAGCAUCAAGAGAGACAGAUUUUGGAGGGUUAUGGUUUGAAUUGGUCGAAACACAACUUCAUGCAGCAAUGCCUCCGUGA